AUGUCAUACCCGCCGAAUUCCACUGAACCUACUGAUCCACAACCUCCGUCUGCAUCAACUUCGUCGCCUGUGACACGUCCAAUCACCGCCACCCCCCUCAAAAGAACCCUUAGGCCAAUUUUGCCUAAGCCCACUACUUUCACCCCCAACGCAGAAGGCAACUUCCCGGACGAAAUAAUUGAACCACACCCCGAUGCAGAUCCUGGUCCUAGUACCUCAGUUGCCAGCAUGGACCCAACCGUAAUGGCGACGUCGGUCGAUUCUACUUCUGACGAUACCUGUCACGAUUGGUACAGUUUUGCUUCACUUUUGGCCGACAAUGCCCCCGUUGUGUAUGACGCCUUGGGCAGAAAACGACUCAUGUGUCCGAUGCCAGGUUGUAGGACAACCAAGCCCUACCCAAGUGGUAUGAAGGUACACAUUCGCAAGCACAUCGUUGCCUCGCCUCCAACACGCACUGCCAACAAUAUUCCGGAGAAAGUGACCAUAGCAGCAAUGCUUCCCGAAUCUUCGACAUAUAUCGUCAGAGCUAAAUCGAUCUCUCAGUCGUCAAUCCUCAGUCCCGAACUUGCCUCGACAAUCUGUGCUGUUGAAUUUAUGCAAAAAUGCCAAAAUGACUCGAGUGUCAUCACGACCACAAGUGUCGAGAUGUCAACGGUCACUUUAACUCCCAUUUCCACAUGCUCACCCGUGCAAUGCUCCAGUGCAACUGGCAACGCAGCAUCUGCUUCAGCUCUGGAUACAAAUGGAACCGCUGUGCUUGACACCUGGGCAGGACGACGACUCAUUUGCCCCUCCACACCCGGUGGUAAGAAAAUCAAGCGCUAA